ACUCAGAAGCAAGGCAGCGCCACCACAUCCAUUUUGGGCACAAAACUGACUCACUGAGUUCGAUCUCUCGCAUAGCUACAGACUCUAAAAAAAUCCCAAUCCAACGUCAUUGAGUAGCUUGAGCUAUCGAAAUGGGAUACAUACAGGAAGCACGUGAGAAUCAUGUGAAGAAGAAAGUAGAAGAAGCUUUGAGAAGCAAAAUGAAGCAGAAGGCGCUAAAACAAUGUGAGGAACACGCAUCCAAAUAUGCGCAAUGUGCAACUGGAAGAACAAUGUCUGUUGUGUGGCAGUGUAGGAAACAGGCUAAAGAAUUAAAUGAAUGCCUUCAUCAAUACACAAAUGAUGCUGUCUUGGAAGAGAUGAAGCGAGAAUACAAGCUUCAACAAGAUGUCAAGGGUCCUUUGAGAGCCUAACUGAUUCCCGGUGAUGAGCCCAAAACCAAAUGAGCAUUUGAAAGUGAAAAAUUUCUAGCAACAACUUCAUAUAUCGGAUAAUGUUUUCAUGAAGCAGUUGGUUUGAACUUUGAACCAUUUCAAUAACAUAUAUUUAAUCAAACCUUUAAGCUAUUGGUCUUCUAUGAUGUACGUACAUGGGAUUGAAGUCAGCAUGAGCUAGCAAGGUUUUGAUAUUGUUGUCACUGAUACAUACAAUGUACGUUUCAGUGCAGGAUAA